CAAUAACAAACAAAUACAAAAUUUAAUGAAUGAGGUAGAAAAAUUAUUAAUGUAAGUAUCUCAACUUCACCACAAUUACCUAUCUUGUAUAUUCCUAUACCAACGUUAUAAAUCAUUGCAAAGUUGGAAAGACCGGCUAAAACAAAUAAAUAUAGGUAAAUUUAUAAACGUUGCCCAUUUUAGUUUACAAACAUUUGUGCAAGUUUCUAGUUUAAUCAAUAAAUAUAUUGGAAUUAAUCAAGAUUUCAUAUCUAUGACCUUCCUAUUGGCGCAACUUAACCUAUGAUCUAACUAACAAUGGGAAUCAUCUAAACAGACAAAGUUUGUACUAGAAAAUGAUUUUUUUCCAACGUUACGUGUAACAGUGAGGUAUAUAAAACAAAUAAACAUUAUGGAGUACUUGUGUUUUUAAAAUACCUUCAUAUUAUUUUACUCGCAUAUCAUAUUGAUAAUUAUCAAAGAUAAAUCAUAAUUCAUCGUUGGCUACGUAGUAGCAUUAUUUAAAACAUUUUUAGAAUUUUGGGUAAACAAUCGGUAAAUCUAAAGAGGUUUCUUAAAUAAUAUUGAAAAAUGUUGCGUCAAAAAGUGAUCUGCUUCAAGCCAAGAGCUAGGAUGUACUCCAGUUUUGUUUCUGAGACGAAAAUAAAAAAUACUGGCAAAGUUCAACAGGAUGACACAACGAAACCACCAGGCUGGUAUGAAGCUAAACCUUUCGACGAAGUUCCAGGCCCAAAACCGUUGCCAUUAGUCGGGAACAUAUGGAGAUUUUUCCCUGGGGGAGAGUACUACAAUUGUCAACUGACUGAUAUUCAUAAAAAAUUAAGAGAGAAAUAUGGGAAAUUUGUAGCUUUAAAAGGAAUUCCUGGUGAAGAAAAAGAUGUGUAUUUUUGUUUUGAUCCUGCUGAUAUUGAGACGAUGUACAGAAAUGAAGGAAUGUGGCCUGAAAAAAUUGGCUUAGAAUCAUUUCAGUAUUACAGAAACAAUAUACGAAAUGAUAUUUUUAAGGAUGCGAGUGGGCUCUUUUCAUCAAAGGGCGAAAAGUGGCAUAAAUUCAGAUCUCUUACAAACCCCAUUAUGAUGAAACCAAAAAUUAUUUCCCAAUAUAUUAAUACAAUGGAUUCUAUAACUGAUGAAUUCAUUGAUAUUAUUCGAAGUUACGUUGAAGAUAAUGAAAGAAUGCCCGACAAUUUUAUUGAUCUAUAUAACAAAUGGGCUUUGGAAUCAAUUGCGGCGGUUGGACUCGAUACACGUUUAGGUUGUUUGGAAAAAGAUUUAAGUGAAGAUUCACCCCAAAUGAAGUACAUUAACUCUGUCCUUGAGAUGUUUGAGUUAAUUUACAGAUUAGACAUUAUGUUAUCCUUUUGGAAAUAUUUUAACACUCCAGAUUGGAAAAGAUUUGUUAAAGUUUUAGAUUACGUUACAUUCACUAAUCUGGAUCACAUAAAUAAAGCAAUGAAAAGAAUAGAAAACAAUCCAAGCAAAGAUGAAAACGAAAUGAGCAUUUUAGAAAAGCUGCUCAAAAAAGAUAAAGCAGUUGCUUUAGCGAUGGUUACAGAUAUGUUACUAGCUGGAGUUGACACAACAAGUAGAACUUUAGCAGCCAUAACUUACCAUUUGUCAACAAAUCUAAAUAAGCAAACCAUUUUGAGAGAAGAAGCAAUCAAAUUGUUACCGACUAAAGACACGCCCGUUACCCAAGAAAUUUUAAAUAACGCUCCUUAUUUAAAAGCAUGUAUUAAAGAAUCAAUGAGACUUGCUCCUAUUGCAAUAGCGACAGCAAGAAAAACGGCAAAGGAUGUUGUUAUUUCAGGAUAUCAAGUUCCAAAAAAUACGACCCUUGUUUCCGCCAACAUUUACGUUACAAACUCUGAAGAAUAUGUGAAACGUCCCAAAGAAUACCUGCCUGAACGUUGGUUAAGAGAUAACAAAACAGACCUUACUUUUAAAAACAAGUUUAUGUAUAUGCCUUUUGGAUUUGGUGCCAGAUCUUGCAUAGGACAGAGACUGGCAAAUUUAGAAUUAGAAAUUGGACUUUUAAAAAUGGUAAGAAACUUUGAAAUCAGUUGGCCUUAUGAAGAGAAAAUGCCUUUUGCAUCUAAGCUGCUAUAUGGAAUUGAUGGCCCACUAAAAGUACACUUAAAGAAUGUGUUAAAUUGAAUAAUAUGUUUGAACAUGGUUGGUGCUUGGAACACUGAAUACACCUUGAUAUGAUAAAUUAGAAAUAAAUAUUCUUUAUGUACAUAA